AUGCCCAGUUUGGACAUGAUCCCCCCAGCUCCGACACUGUCGCUGAGCCCUCCAUGCCCCGUGAGGGGGCAGCAUGUCCGUCUCAUCUGCUCCCCCCCAAAGGGGUCCCAGGCUCUGCAGUUCCUCUUCUAUGAGCUCCAGAGCAGCGGGAACUGGACAAGGAUGAUGACACAGGACACAAAAUCCUGGGAGAUCCCAAGGGAGGAACCACAACGCAGCCGGACUUUCUACUGUGCCUACUCAGUUCGGGGCGGCCCCCAGAACCAGAUCCAGUCUCAGCAAAGCAACCCAGUGACACUGACCCUGACAAGAGACCCCCCACCAGUCCCUGGGCUCUCUCUGGAUCCCUCGCACCCAGUGUAUGUCCGGGGAGAGCGGAUUGCCCUGAAGUGCUCGGCUCCCAAGGACCAGGAGGUGUUAGGGUACAGAUUCUACAAGAGAUGCCCAGACCAGAUCUCUGAGGAGCUGCCUGCCAUGGGCACGGGGCCCUAUCACCGACUGACUGCUGGGAGCCAGAGCGCUGGCACGUACACCUGUACAUACUGGACAUUGCAGUUGGGGUGUGAGAUCCCCUCCAGCGACAGCAACACCGUCUCCAUCACCGUAACGGGUCCUCCUUCAGCCCCACAGCUCUCUGCCUCCCCUCAGCUCCCCGUCUAUUCAUAUGAAGGAUCUGUGACCCUCAAUUGCUCAGCACCGGGGGACACUGUUGCUUCAAUAUAUCAAUUCCUCAAGGAUGGAGGGUCACUGUCCUCAGCCUCCAGAAACCACCAUCACUUGCCAGCACUGCAGCCAGAGGAUGGAGGCAAAUACACCUGCCGGUAUGGGAGACUGAAGUCUGGGCGAGUGAUCUGGUCUGUGUACAGCAACAUCGUCUCCAUUGCGGUGCUGGGCUCUUUUCAGACCCUUCCAGCUCCGGUGUCAUGUGCAGCUAACAAGGACCUAAAAUCCCCCCAGAUGCCCAGUUUGGACAUGCUCCCCCCAGCUCCGACACUGUCACUGAGCCCUCCAUGCCCCAUGAGGGGGCAGUGUGUCCGUCUCACCUGCUCCCCCCCAAAGGGGUCCCAAGCUCUGCAGUUCCUCUUCUAUGAGCUCCAGAGCAGCGGGAACUGGACAAGGAUGACGACACAGGACACAAAUACCUGGGAGAUCCCAAGGAAGGAACCACAACAUAGCUGGACUUUCUCUUGUGCCUACUCAGUUCACGGCAGCCCCCAGAACCAGAUCCAGUCUCAGCAAAGCAACCCGGUGACACUGACCCUGACAGAUUCACAGUCAGUACCCCCGUCCCAUAAUCCGGCCCCAUUCCAGCCAGGUCACCACCUCGCAGCCAGCACGGAUCCCCCUCGAAUUCCCACCUCACAGCCUCUGGACCCUUCCCAGAAUGGCCCUGGCCAUAACAUCACAUCUCCAAACUUGCAUGUGAUCUCCACACACUCUGCCUCCAGCCCUGCCACAUCCCAGCCAACCCCUGAGAAAGACACCACAGCCCUCCCAUAUCGAAAUGGGAUGUCCCCACUGCCAUCCCAGCAUACCCUUCAAGAUGACAUCACAGCUGCACAGAACCCGGACAGGACCCCUGCAUCAUCCACCCUGAACACAACCACCUCCCAGACUCUGCACUGCUGCACCCUCACAAACACGACUCGGAUGUCAGAGAAAGACGAAGACAACCUCUUCCUGAUUGUUGGCUUCUGUGUUGCGGGGGUGCUGGUUCUGCUCCUGCUGUUCAUGUUUCUUCACAGGAGGUGGAGGGAAAGAAGACAGACAUCCAGGUCCCACUGGAAAAGCAGGGAGCUGAGCCUGUCUCUGCUAAAGAGGAGGUCCCUGGACACUGUUGGAGCCUAUGGGAACAAUACAACCCCCAAGGAUAAGAGUCCAAAAAGAGCACUCCAAGCAGAACCCCAGGACUGGGGGCUGCUGCCCAAGAAGGAAAUAAGCAAGAAAGUGGAGCCCAGCAAGGAGCCAAUGUUGCCCAGCACCAAGUUCAAAGACCCAAUGAAUCCUUAUGACAUCGACCCUACCUAUUCCCUCCUCACCUUCCCCUACUCCACCUUCCAAAUGGGGGAAGCAGAAGAGGUUUUCACCUUAAUUGAACCUGUCUACACUGACCCCCUGUCCCUCCACUGCAAGCAUUCCCUCAACGGAGACUUGGGUGCAUCCCGAGACCUGCAGGAAUGAGGUCUAGUGGGGGCUGGAAUCCAGGACUCCUGGGUCCUCACCCAGCUCUGAGCAGGAAGUGGGGUCUGGUGGACAGGAGAGGCCUGGGAGACAGGAUAGCUCCCAGGCCUGACAGAGGACUAGAGUCUAGUGGAUUGGUGUAGAGGCAGGGCUGGGAGCCUGGACUCUUCGGUUCUUUCCCCAGCUCUGCUACUUCAUCAUCUUGUCUGCCCAGACACCUGGGUUCUCUCAGCUCUGGAAGGGAGUGGAGUCUGGUGGGCUAGAGCAGGCAGAGGCUGGGAGCUUGGAUACGUGGGUUCUCUCUCAACCCUGGGAGGGCAGUGAGGUCCUGUGGCUUCAAGGAGGGUGGGCUGGGAGCCCAGAUUCCUGGGUUCAACAGUGUAAGUGCAUGAGCAUGUAUUUUUCUUCCCUGUGGGGCUCUGUGCAGUACAGCUUGCAUCUUUUUUAAUGUGUAUAUACUGGCACUGUCCUUCCUUGCCUGCCUUGUGUGCAUUUCUCUCUGCAUCCAACCCCUUUGAACAAAUAAAGGUUUAUUUCAAAUUCAAGUAGUCUCCUUC